AUGGGCUUGGAACUCUAACCCUGGAAAUUGACUGGUAAACUCAUGGGUACAAUCCCAAUGGCUGCCUGGUAUUGUGACGCAAUAAUUUCAAUUGUAUUAUGGCAUUUCUAUUCAUUCUUAUUUCUAAGCCAGUUUAAUAUUCAGUAGCAUUCAAGCUUUGGCAACCUCAGAUGAAGUACGAUGUUUUACCGGCUCAUUUUGGAGACCGGCUCAUUUUGGAGACCGAAGUAGGCCUAGACUUGUAGCAUGGACGACGACGAGGCCCGAAAAGGGUUACAGGAAGCCCCAGAGAGGACAUUCCCUGUAUUCUUCAGAGGAAAACUGGGGGCGAAGCUCCAUCAGGAGACCCCCGGGUUUGACCUGUUGGACCCCAACAUGAGAGUCAUAGAUGUUAGUUAUAACUGCCUCCACGACAAACACCUGAAGUGUUUUUUCCGCCAUCCGGAAAGGAAGAAGCGGCUGGUGAAGCAAGGCCUCAUCACCUCAAAUGAGAAGGCAUGGCAAACCUCCUUUUUCUUUCCAAAAUCUAAAAGUGACACUUAUAUGGAACUGAGAAAAUUGGACAGGUGUAAGCAAUAUGAUGGCUAG